GAGACGGACGCUCCGCUCAUUUUAGGAACAAUUUUAUUUCUCUCAUUUGUUAUCUCUUCAGGUAUGUCUUACAAACCCAAUCCCCAUCAACACCUUCCGGGAACUUCUGGGAACCAAGCUUCCAGUCGGCCUUUAUCCCUCUCUGAGGCUUGAUUUGCCUGAUUAGGGGCCGGGUGUGCGGAAUCACGACCCUUCCCCGCCCUCCGCCCUGCCACAGGGAGGAAGCAUUCCCUCUCCAGCUUCCAUGGCAACAGUACAGUCAUUCAAGCCAGUUCUAAAUGACUUUGGACCCCCUUCAUUGGGAUUCUCACAGGGGCCUAAUGGGAACCAAGUACCUCAGAGUAAAUAUGCCGAACUUCUCGCCAUCAUUGAAGAACUUGGGAAAGAAAUAAGACCCACGUAUGCAGGGAGUAAAAGCGCAAUGGAACGACUUAAAAGAGGUAUCAUUCAUGCCAGAGGGCUUGUUCGGGAGUGUUUGGCGGAGACAGAGCGAAACGCAAGAUCCUAGCCCCUUCAGUACUGUUUCUCUCCAUACAACACAUGAACUGUCCCUUAAACCCUUAAUCAUGGGAAUCAUGCAUGGCGCUCCUUUAAGAGGAGAUAAAACAAUCAGAAAAUGCAGCAUUUAUGUUACGAGUUGCUAUUUUGUAUGUAUUUUGGAAGGAACAAGGUAAGAUUCAGAGGAUAUACCUUCUGAUUUAUAAAUGUGAGAGAUCUGGAACUGUUGCCAUUUGAGUUUUUUUUAAAAUAUAUAUUUUAUUAUUUUCUUUAUUUGACCACAUAGUACCUUUUAAAUAAGCAAAAACUGCAUGCAACUGGAAUAAAGGUCCCAAAUUAGAAACACGCAUGGCUUUUUAUCGGUUUAGUCUAGAUAUGUGCGUAUAGAAAUAGGUCUCAGGAUGAGGUAUGAGGUACUUUCUCCUAGGACGCAUUGAUUAGAAGUUGAUUUUUCUUUUAAAAUUGGGAGAUAUUGAAAAGUAUUAUAGUGAUGCCAUUAUUUUUAUCUUUAUUUGUAUUUAUUACCUUGUGUAAUAAAAUUGUUUUUUUUGUAAAAACGAAAAAAGGUCACACUCUGGAAUUUUGUAUAUCUGUCAAUAAAUA